AUGAAAAACUCCAGUUGGAUUAGAAAGAACUGGCUUCUGGUAGCUGGAGUAUCUUUCAUAGGUGUCCAUCUUGGAACUUACUUUAUGCAGAGGGUUGCAAAACAGUCUGUAAGAUCUCAGUCUGCAGACAAACAAAGGAAUGUUGAAGAAUAAAGGAAAAUAAAUAUUUGGAAUUA